AUGAGAUUGGUAUUUGCCAUAAUACUCCUUAUUGGCGUCUGUACAGCAUGGACCACCGAGGACUAUGAAAUAUUCAAAUUGAAUGAUUUGAUAAAGCAGGAUUUGGGACCGGAGACCACUUUCUACAGUUGGCUAGGAUUGACGAAUGGACCAUCAUCAACUUCGCUGGAAAUAAAAAAGGCAUAUAGGAAGCUAUCCAAAGUUUUGCAUCCUGACAAACUAUCUUCUGUUUCAAAGAAGGUCAAGAAGCAAGCUGAGGAAAAAUUUUCCAGGUUAUCGCUAGUUGCCGAUAUCUUGUCGGAUCAGUCAAGAAAACGACGUUACGAUUAUUUUUAUGCAAAAGGCUUCCCCAGAUGGAAAGGAACUGGCUAUUACUAUUCAAAGUAUCGUCCUGGGCUCAUCACUACUAUCAUAUUUAUCUACAUUUUCGUGGGAACUUUUCAUUAUUUCGCUUUAAAGAUCAAUCGCAAGCAGGAUUACAAAAGAAUAGCUAAUAUCAGGAAUGAAAUUAAGGCCCAGGCUUGGGGAGGUUCGCAAGUUCCUCCUUUGGAUGGAUCAGAUAGAAAGUUGACCAGUGAAGCUAGCGGUAAAACUUUUAUAGUGAAAAGCACCGGUGAUGUAUACGUGGAUACAGGAAAUGAGUUGCACUUGAUAAAUGAAAAUGAGAUCAAUUUGAACCCAUGCUUUAAGGAUACAUUGUUUUUCAAAUUGCCCGCUAUAACCUAUAAUGCGUCAUUGGGAAGGUUUUUCACACCAAUUGAUUUGUCAGUAUCAUUUGAUAAACCACAAGAAACAAUAAAGGAAGAAGCUGAGCAUAAAAAGUCAAAAAAGAAGCCAAAGGGAAAGAAAAUGGAAUUAGCAAAUGGUAAAGUGGUCUACAGUAGGAAAAAGUAA